AUGAUUAGAACUAGAGGUUUAGGUCGUGCCUUUGCUAGGGUUAUAGGAAAAGGCAUGGGUAGACAGGAUGAGCAUCAUGCAAAUGAUGUUCCCCGACAGCAUAGGCCUAUGGUAUCCGCCCAUAGGCAACGGGUACAUGUUGUUGUUGCUGAGGAUGUUCCUCAUAUGACUGAGGAUGUUCCUCAUAUGACUGUGGACGUAGCUACGCCUGGUGUAGAAGGCUUAGCUGGUGAUGGUGCUGAGGGGUCACCUGCUGAUGAUGCUGAGGGAUUCCCAGGUGGACCACGUGACUCAUCAGAACGUCCUAAGUUGAAGUUGGUCUCCCACGGAAGAAAGGUUGAGAAAUUUGGGAGGCCAACGCCUGAGAUUGAAGGGCUAGUCACUGCCAUAGGAUUAACUCCUUUGAUCGGGUGUUUAGUAGUCACAGGUGAUCCGGGAGUUAUAUCCGCUUUUGUCGAGAGCUGGCACAAGGAGACUAGCACCUUCCACCUUCCAGUAGGAGAGCUGACCAUCACACUAGAUGAUGUUGCAUCACUCCUCCAUCUGUCGAUCACAAGCGCCUUUCACAGCUUUGAGCCUCUACCUAUGAACGAGGCGGUCAUGUUGUUGAUGGAAUUGCUUGAGGUCUCCGGUGAGGAGGCUAGAGCUGAGACGAGUGCAACACAUGUUCAUGUAGUGCAUCUGGAGGCUUUUCAAGACUUGGGUCAGAGUGGGGGCUAUGCUUGGGGAGCUGUCGUGCUGGUGUAUAUGUAUGACCAGUUAAAUGAAGCUUCUCAGACCACUACACGACAGAUUGCUGGGUACCGACUUUAUUACAGUGUGCAUGACUGUGUCACUGAUGAUGGCUACGACGAGACAUCCCCACGUACCUCUCGGUGGCUUACUACGAAGGCUCAUAUGAAGGGAGUAAUAGGAGCGUUGUACCGGACACGUUUAGAUGCUUUGACGAUUGCUGACGAUGGUUGUGAAGGUUGCGAAGCGAUCACAGAAAGGUUGAAGCGUGUGCUCAACCUAAGGAUGGUCACUGAAGGCAUAAACUUACAUCAGAUCAUGGAAGAUUGCCUUAGGAUCACUAGGGGUGACACCUCAGAUGGAAAUGUUAGGGCGCGAUGA